AUGAGUUUUAAAGGUAAAGUAGUGAUAGUGACGGGAGCCAGCUCUGGUAUCGGAGCUGCCGUGGCGAAGGAGUUCAGUUCAGAGGGAGCUCAGGUUGUGAUGGUUGGACGGAACGAGGCCAAGUUGUCAGCUGUGGCCGCCGAGUGUGACAAACCACUCGUCAUACGAGCCGAUGUCGCUAAUGAUGAUGACGCGCGGAGAAUUAUAGAUGAAACUAUCAAAAAAUUCGGUAAACUGGACGUGCUGGUGAAUAAUGCGGGUAUGGGUAGUAACGCAGCUACUCUUCUCGAAGGGGACAUCAUGAAAGAUUACGAUAAAUUAAUGAGUAUUAAUCUGAGGGCAGUGGUUCAUUUGACGAAACUGGCUGCACCACAUUUGAUAAAGACAAAGGGUAACAUCGUCAAUAUAUCGAGCGUUGCGGGAACCUUGACUCCGAUUAUACCCACUGCUAUAAACUACUGCGUGACUAAAGCCGGCUUGAACCAUUUUUCUGCUUGUGCAGCUUUGGAGUUGGGUCGUAAAGGUGUUCGUGUGAACACAGUCAGUCCAGGCCCAGUCAAAACGGAUUUCGUUGAGAAUGCCAAAAUGGAACUAAACACUUCUUUUAUAAAAAAAAUUACUAUUCUUGAACGUAUAUCCGAAUCGGAUGAAAUUGCCGACUUGGUGUUGUUCCUGGCUAGCGACAAAGCGAGAGGAAUUACUGCUUCUAACUUCGUGAGCGACAAUGGGGCUAUCGCUUUACGUAAUUAG